GGGAUAGGAAGCAAGACUGGGCUGUGCCCACAUGAUAUGUUACUCUCAGUUCGGCUGAGUCUCUUUUGAAAGAACAACCUCACUGCCCUCCUCCUGGCUGGAUUCGUUGCCCAUUGGUGUGCUCAAUUUUGCACCAGCAAAACACACCAUGAAGUUGCAGGCAGCUUCCCGGUACACUUGGUGGCUUUUCUUUUUCUUAGCUGCUACAGCAGAAGGAAACUUGAAAACACUUUCUUUCAGCUCAGGAAUUCUCUAUCAGUACCGAUACUCACUAGACAGCCAACUAAGUUUCCUAUCCAGGCCAACAUUGCAAAGAAGCAAGCUCCAAGCAGAAGCUGUGGUUGAUGUGAAUCUCUUGUGGAGCAACACCGACAAUGCAGGCGAACAGCUGCUCCAAAUCCAACUCCAUGACUUAGGCAUCAAUCAAGAUUUGGAAAAGAAGGAUCAGACUAGCAAAGGCCAUUCUGUAAAAGGCUCACUGAACGCUACCGAAGUCCAGCAACCAUUUUUCCUCCAUUGGAAUAAGGGAAAGGUUGAAGCUUUCUAUGUAGCCAAAGAAGAGAACCCUUUAAUUUUGGAACUGAAGCGAGGUCUUCUCAGCCUUCUCCAGUUUCAGAUCCAUUCUGGAACAAUGACUGAGGAGGACAUUUCUGGGAGCUGUCAGGUUACCUAUGCUGUCUCUAAGGAUACUGUUUUGAAAACAAAAGACCUACAGAGCUGCAUCAGACCGAAAUUUGGAUUCAGCACAGCUAACAAAAUUUUUGGACUCCUGUGGCACCCCACAAGUAAAAGCCAUUACGUUAUGGAAGGAAAUCUCAUAAAGUCAGCCUCGUCUGAGGAAAAUCAUAUAAUUUAUCAAGGCCUAAAGUCUUCUGUUGGAUUCAAUAUUACCUCCAGGCAACAUCUGGAGUUUCUGACUCAAAGGCCUGGAUCCGAAGAACUCCCUGGAAAGAAUCUUCAGAAAACACUGAACUCUCUCCUGGGAAAGCCUCAGCCCAUUGACCUGACAAGCCAGCCAUUCAAAAGGAUCUGCAGUGAAUGCCCAACAGUGAGUGAGACAGAAACUUUAACCUAAGUUUAGAUCACUAUUCUGACAUCGUCUGAAUCUCUUCUUCUUGUGCCAUAUCCGUUAUCGGAGGUUGGGGAUCAUGUUGGCCAUCCUGUUUUUAUCAGCAGCUGCACGAAAAAGUGCUGCUGAGUUUUGUUCAAACCAGUCCCU